AUGGCUAUGCUUUUGAUGAUACCGAGCUUUUUAUUGCUCCUCGGGCAUGUUCGUCUCAUAUGCGCCCUUCACGAUGGAUACCAAGCCGUGGAGCGAUCUUCGACCCAAGCAUCAGACUCAACAAGCUUAUUAAAUGUGUUCCAAGUAUAUCAACCUGUCUCAUUUGCGACCCAUGGGGAAAAUGGCUGUGAUCUUGACAUGCUUUUGAUGGACCACGUCUUUGGUGCAAGCUAUGGGAAACCAUUUGUUGGUCUCUAUGAGCCGCCAAGCUGCCAGUUUGAUACGGUUCGAAUCAAUCUCACAGUGACGUCUCGUGGUCGCCAGUAUGAUCGCUUGGCUUUGAUGUACUUGGGAGAUAAUGAAGUCUUCCGAACCUCGACCGCCGAGCCGACCACGACGGGAAUCGUAUGGACUUAUAUCAAAGAUAUGUCACAAUACACAGCGUUAUGGAAACAAUCACAGACCUUGAUCUUUGACCUUGGCAAUAUCAUCACUGACGUCUAUACUGGAUCAUUCAAUGCGACAUUGACCGCCCACUUUUCCUAUGAAAAGAAUGUCAAAACUGCAGACAUCAUCUUGCCCAUCUCAGCCAAGAACUCUGCGUCAAAUUCAUCUAGCGCCUUCAACGUCCCAACUGACAAUACCACAGUCUCAUAUGUGAUCCCUGAUGCGGCUUCGCGUGCCGUUGUUGCAAUUUCUGCUUGCGGACAGUCCCAGGAAGAGUUCUGGUGGUCGAAUGUUUUCACCCAAGACACAGAAGACUUUACCAACACCGUGGGAGAGCUAUAUGGAUUUUCUCCAUUCAGAGAGAUUCAACUCUACAUCGAUGGUCUUCUUGCGGGUCUUGUCUGGCCUUUCCCUAUUAUUUUCACCGGUGGUGUCGCCCCGGGCUUCUGGCGCCCAAUCGUCGGUAUCGAUGCCUUUGACCUUCGGCAGCCAGAGAUAGACAUUUCGCCAUUUUUGCCCAUGCUCCAAGAUGGCCAGGAACAUUCCUUCGAGAUCCGAGUGACUGGGUUGAAUAUCUCCAAUGACGGAACCGCUACUCUAGCAAACACCGUCGGCUCAUAUUGGGUGGUUACCGGGAACAUUUUUCUGUACACUGAGAGUACCACCUCCUCCAAAGACCUGAGUUCUCGCGGAGCUGCCGCCGCCCCGCGUAUAGAGGUACCAGAGCCGAAGUUCACUGUCACUCGAAACCUUGUGCAGAACAAUACUGACGGUAAUGAAACCCUGUCAUAUUCUGUGGUGGCAGAAAGGACAUUUAAGACCAUUUCUUCGCAGUUUGAAUGGUCCCAAACAUUGUCCUUCUCAAACUAUGGAUACCUCAAUCAGCAAGGAUACAGCCAAGUCAAUAAGCAGCUCACCUCAGGAGAAUUCACUAUUAGUGAAUCUGGGAACGGAUCUGGGUCUAAUAAGACUUCCUUCAGCUACCCACUAUUGGUCAACGCAACGUAUGGGAUUACGGAUACUUCAUUGACAAUCGACGCAUGGAUGAAGCGAGGCCUUGAUAUCGAGUCAUCAGGCGGCCCUGGAAUCUCCACUUACUCGCUCGUCUCAGGACCGUCACAGCUGCACACAACUCAGUCGGGCAAAGCGCGGUAUAAGUCAGUCAGUGGAAGCGCCACCUCAUCGGGCAAUACCGCAGAUGAGUUCCACGGUACUGCGUACGGAAAAUCCUACUCAAGAUCUGCCCGUGCUGUGAAUGGAAACGUAGUUUAUGACACCAAUCCUGGUGAUAAUACCUUAUCAUCCGCAUUUCACAGUACGAAUACUCUGGGACGGGGCAGCGUAAGGAGCAUGCUAGGCAGAGGUCCAGGAAAUUCCGCACCCUGA